GUGUCUCUGUGCGUCUGACGUCAGCACGCAAAGCCCCAAACCCGAGACUGAAGCUGUAAACAAUAAAACCCAACCCGUCCAUCAUCCAUGCGCUAAACAUGCAUUUAUCCGCGAUGACGGUUGUGUUCCCGGUGCUGUUGUGCCUCUUAUGCGCCUCCAGACCCGCUCGAGGUUACUAUGGCAACCCCCUGAACAAGUACAUCCGGCACUACGAGGGUCUGUCGUACGACACGGAUCAGCUGCACAUCCGUCACCAGAGAGCCAGGAGGGCGCUGUCGCACCAGGAGCGCGAGCUGCAGCUGGAGUUCCACGCGCACGGCAGACAUUUCAACCUGCGGAUGAAGCGAGACACCAGGUUGUUUUCAGACGACUUUAAGCUGGAGAUGUCUGGAGAGGAGCUGGAGUACGACACCUCGCACAUCUACACCGGACAGAUCUACGGAGAACACGGCACUCUGACGCACGGCUCGGUCGUGGACGGGAAGUUUGAGGGCUUCAUUCAGACCCAUCGAGGCACGUAUUACGUGGAGCCGGUCGAGAGAUACCUGCAGGACAAAAACGUCCCGUUCCACUCCGUCAUCUACCACGAGGACGACAUCCAUUAUCCUCACAAGUACGGGCCGGAGGGCGGCUGUGCGGAUUCGUCUGUGUUUGACAGGAUGAAGAAAUACCAGGCGUCGGUGCUGGAGGAACCGGCGAAGGAGAACCGGUCAGCGGAGGAGCAGGCCUUGCUGAGGAAGAAGAGGAUGACUCAGGUGGAGAAGAACACGUGUCAGCUCUUCAUCCAGACCGAUCACCUGUUCUACAAGUACUACAAGACCAGAGAGGCCGUCAUCGCUCAGAUUUCCAGUCACGUGAAGGCCAUCGACGCCAUCUACCAGGGCACAGACUUCAUGGGCAUCCGCAACAUCAGCUUCAUGGUCAAGAGGAUACGGAUCAACACCACCAGUGACGAGCGCGAUCGGUCCAACCCUUUCCGCUUCGCCAACAUCGGCGUGGAGAAGUUUCUGGAGCUGAACUCGGAGCAGAAUCACGACGACUAUUGCCUGGCCUACGUCUUCACCGACAGAGACUUCGACGACGGCGUGUUGGGUCUGGCCUGGGUCGGAGCUCCCGCCGGGAGUUCUGGAGGCAUCUGUGAGAAGAGCAAGCUCUAUUCCGACGGGAAGAAGAAGUCUCUGAACACGGGAAUCAUCACGGUUCAGAACUACGCCUCACACGUGCCUCCCAAAGUCUCACACAUCACGUUCGCACAUGAGGUCGGACACAACUUCGGCUCGCCGCAUGACUCCGGGUCGGAGUGCACUCCGGGCGAGUCCAAGAGCCAGGAUAAGAAGGAACGGGGGAAUUACAUCAUGUACGCCCGUGCCACAUCCGGAGACAAGCUGAACAACAACAAGUUCUCCGUGUGCAGCAUCAAGAACAUCAGCCAGGUGCUGGAGAAGAAGCGCGGCAGCUGUUUCGUGGAGUCCGGGCAGCCGAUCUGCGGGAACGGGCUGGUGGAGCCGGGCGAGGAGUGUGACUGCGGAUACAGCGAUCAGUGUAAAGACGAGUGCUGCUACGACGCCAAUCAACCGGACAACAGGAAAUGCAAACUCAAACCCAACAAAGUCUGCAGUCCGAGUCAGGGUCCGUGCUGUACGGCCGACUGCAGCUACAAGAGCCGAAACGAGAAGUGUCGUGAGGAGUCCGAGUGCGCUCACCAGGGCAUGUGCAGCGGCAUCUCCGCCCAGUGUCCCACCUCAGAGCCCAAGGCCAACUUCACCGCCUGCCACGGGGACACGCAGGUCUGCCUCAACGGGGGCUGCUCCGGGUCCAUCUGUGAGAAGUACGGUCUGGAGGUCUGCACCUGCGCCAGUGUGGACGGCAAAGACGAGACGGAGCUCUGCCACGUGUGCUGCAUGGAGAAAAUGAACCCCAGCACCUGCAGCAGCACCGGCUCCGAGCGGCUCGCCCGCUUCUUCAAUAAGAAGGUCACCACUCUUCAGGCCGGGUCGCCCUGUAAUGACUUCAAGGGCUACUGCGACGUCUUCAUGAAGUGCCGUCUGGUGGAUGCCGAUGGUCCUCUGGCCCGUCUGAAGAAAGCCAUCUUCAACCCGGAGCUGUACGAGAACAUCGCCGAGUGGAUAGUGGCAAGUGUCCUCUCCUCCGGUCACAUGAUUGUGUUUGAGUCUGAAGCGUGUGUUGAUCGAGUGUUUCUCGCGCAGGCUCACUGGUGGGCGGUGCUGCUGAUGGGGAUCGCUCUGAUCAUGCUGAUGGCAGGAUUCAUUAAGAUCUGCAGCGUUCACACGCCCAGCAGCAACCCCAAACUGCCUCCUCCAAAACCGCUGCCAGGUACCACACACACCUCCGCUGAAAUACUGUCUCACUGUUUAAUGUGCACCGUGUGCUCACGCUCUCUCUGUGCUGAAGGAACGCUGAAGAGACGACGAGCUCAACACGCCGCUCAGCAGCAGCAGCAGCAGCAUCAUCAGCACCACAACCAGAACCAGCACGCUCACGGCCACCAGAACCAGCGGCCGGCUCCACGUCAGGCCCAGCGCCAGCCGCAGCCGCAGCGCCACCACCGGCAGCCCCGCGAGAACUACCAGAUGGGCCAGAUGAGACGCUGAGAGCCGCCGGAGCCGCCGGUCCACGGCCCGACUGAAGGACGCAUCCGCCGCCCACUCCAGAACUCACUCUCGUCCCGUUCUAGAGCUCCGGCGGCCGCGGAUACGCUCCUUCAGUCUGACCGCGGAGCGAGGCUUUACUCCAAAGAACCGAACUGGGCCGCACCACAUCAUCACCACAGUAACGCCAGAGCUUCAUCCGGGAUCACGCACUGAACUGGAAUGCUUUACGGGAACAUGUCCAGGUCCAUAAUGCUUCCUCAGACUGGAGUUUCUCUUUGGAGUAAAAACGAACCACAACUCCGCCGCUCAUUCACGUUUGCUUCGGACUCACGGAGCAGAUCCGUUCCUGAGUUUUGUUUCGUAAUGAUUAUUUUUGUUUGUUUGUUUUGCCCUCGCGUGCCAAGGUUUACCGGGGUAUUUGUAGAUAGUCACUUCUUUCCUUUGAAAACACUUAAGACUCGACAUGGUUUGAUAUGAAAACAUCAUCUUUUUAAGGAAGCGUCUGGAGCUUCGGCCCGAAUCGUUGCCAUCUGGUCGGAAAAGGACUUUUAUUUUGUAAGACCAGAAAUAUUACGCCUUCCCUUUUCCAGACUCACGGCUGUACAGAGAAACGAUAUUAGCUGUAUUAUACGAAGAUUAUUUCUUCUACUGUCGAUAAGAGAUUUACAGUUUUGUUGACAACACUCAGGACUCAAAAACGCUCAAACGAAGGCGGCGGUUCAGCGCGAGGAGGACGGAUCCCGCGGCGGCCGCCCGACGUCAUUCCGCCGUUGACCUGCUUCAUUCUGUGUGUGUGUUUGUAUAUAGCUCAUCUCCGAUCACGUCCUCACGUCCACUGCACUUCCUGUACACUCCCUGAACGAGGAAUGUGCAUGAAGAACUUGAUUUUAUUGUGUUUGUGUUAGCAGUACGACCAUGAUGAUGAAGAUCAUGAUCGUUUCUAUGGAAGCUCGUUUCUGCCACGGAAUGAAAGAUUUAAAAAGUAAAUGUGACUUUAUCUCACAAUUCUGAAUUUUUUCUCGCAGUUGUUUUUAUUUCUCGCAAUUCAUGCUUUUUUUCUUACAACUCAGACAAUUUCUUUUGCAAAUUCGUGGUUCGGAAUUUUUUUUCUUGCAAUUCUGACUUGUCAAUUGAAUUGUGAGGGGAAAAAAAAACAGAAUUGUGAGAAAUAAAAACUCGCAAUUGCAAGAAAAGAUUCAUAAUCAUGAGGAAGUCUAAAAUGCGAGAAAAAAUGUAUGAAUUGCAAAAAAUAAAAACAGUUGAGUAAAAAAAUCAUAAUCGCAAGAAAAAUCUGAUUGGCAAAAAAUAUCUGAUUGGCAAAAAAUGUCUGAAUUGCGAGAAAGUCAGAAUUGUAGACAUUUUUUGCAAAUCAGAUUUUUCUCACGAUUCUAAAAUUUUUCUCGCAAUUAUGAUUUUUUUUCUCAAAUGUUUUAUAUCUUGCAAUUCUGACUCUUUCAUGCAAUUUUUUUCUCGCAUUUCAGAUUUCCUCACAAUUAUGAUUUUAGCAAUUGCUAGUUUUUAUUUCUUCGUUUUUUCUCGCAAUUGUUUUAAUUUCUCGCAGUUCAAGUUUUUUACUCACAUUUUAGACUUUUCCACACGUUAUGAAUUUUGUCUCACAAUUGCUAGUUUUUAUUACAAUUCAGACGUAUUCUCAAUUCAUUCUUUUUCUUGCAAUUCAGACUUUUUUUCUCUGUUCAUAAUUUUUUCUCACAUUGAUAGUUUUUAUUUCUCACAAUUCUUUUUUUUUUUUCUCAACUGUAAGUUAUGAAGUCCUACUUUCCAAGGAAAAAGUAGUAAUUAACCUUUUUUUUUUUUUUUUUUUAAAUCAUUUUAGUCAACGGCGGAAACAAGCUUCCACAUGUUUCAGAUGACUGAAGUAACUGAAAGUGUUUCUGGGAUGUUCAGAUCCAGCGUUUGCUGUGAAGAGCUGAAACCAUGGUUUGAACCCCAGCUGUUAUAUUUGAGAGCAGGACGGUUACGAUUGUUCUCUGCUAAUGUGUUUUAAAGUGUAGCUGCAGUUUCCUGUAGAGGAUUCUCACGGUACUAUUAACACAAGGUUUAGUUUACAGUCCUUCAUCCUCCUCAUCCUCCUGCAGAUGGGCGGCAGACUCAGGUGUGUGAAGGGCCACUCGCCGAGGGAACAUCACGCUUCCCUUCAUCCUCUCUGACAGAGAGCAGGACCAUCUCAGCAGGUGUAAACUAUGUACAGUAACUGGAGAAUUUCUGUUAUAUUUGAAGGUACAUUUUGAUACUUUUAUUUUGUUCGAGUCCAGGCCGGCCGCCGAGCCACAUCCGGUUCUUCUUUUCCGUACUGCCGUCUGCCAUGAAGAAACCAGGCGGCGCUCUGGUGGUUUUGCGGCGGUCUGGACUGGAGGAGAUCUGAAUAUUUGCCUGUAUUUGACUUCUUUUAAUUUUUACGUAGUCUUGGUGAAAUUUCAUAGAGGAAAAGUGCACUGAAAAAAGUCUUAAUCGAGUCCAAAUGUCGUAGGUGAAAAUAGGCCGAACACUAAAAUUGAGAAACGAAUGAACAAAAAAAGAUUAAUACUGCUGUCUGUUAAUGUUCACUGUGUUUUAUACAGUACCUAAAUUUUUGUUCACUUUGAACAUUUUUACGUAACAUUUCAAAACGUAUUGUGCAAAGAGAUGUAAUUUUUUUGGAGUACUUGAAAUGCAUUAAUAAAAAGACUGGGUUGAAUGGC